AUGGAGUGUGUGAUGGAGGAGGAGGUGGAGCAGACCUGGGUGUUGACGAUGGAGUGUGUGAUGGAGGAGGAGGUGGAGCAGACCUGGGUGUUGACGAUGGAGUGUGUGAUGGUGGAGGAGGUGGAGCAGACCUGGGUGUUGACGAUGGAGUGUGUGAUGGAGGAGGUGGAGCAGACCUGGGUGUUGACGAUGGAGUGUGUGAUGGUGGAGGAGGUGGAGCAGACCUGGGUGUUGACGGUGGAGUGUGUGAUGGUGGAGGAGGUGGAGCAGACCUGGGUGUUGACGAUGGAGUGUGUGAUGGUGGAGGAGGUGGAGCAGACCUGGGUGUUGACGGUGGAGUGUGUGAUGGUGGAGGAGGUGGAGCAGACCUGGGUGUUGACGAUGGAGUGUGUGAUGGAGGAGGAGGUGGAGCAGACCUGGGUGUUGACGGUGGAGUGUGUGAUGGUGGAGGAGGUGGAGCAGACCUGGGUGUUGACGAUGGAGUGUGUGAUGGAGGAGGAGGUGGAGCAGACCUGGGUGUUGACGAUGGAGUGUGUGAUGGAGGAGGAGGUGGAGCAGACCUGGGUGUUGACGAUGGAGUGUGUGAUGGAGGAGGAGGUGGAGGAGGUGGAGCAGACCUGGGUGUUGACGAUGGAGUGUGUGAUGGUGGAGGAGGUGGAGGAGGUGGAGCAGACCUGGGUGUUGACGAUGGAGUGUGUGAUGGAGGAGGUGGAGGAGGUGGAGCAGACCUGGGUGUUGACGAUGGAGUGUGUGAUGGAGGAGGAGGUGGAGCAGACCUGGGUGUUGACGAUGGAGUGUGUGAUGGAGGAGGUGGAGCAGACCUGGGUGUUGACGAUGGAGUGUGUGAUGGAGGAGGAGGUGGAGCAGACCUGGGUGUUGACGAUGGAGUGUGUGAUGGAGGAGGAGGUGGAGCAGACCUGGGUGUUGACGAUGGAGUGUGUGAUGGAGGAGGAGGUGGAGCAGACCUGGGUGUUGACGAUGGUGUGUGUGAUGGUGGAGGAGGUGGAGGAGGUGGAGCAGACCUGGGUGUUGACGAUGGAGUGUGUGAUGGAGGAGGAGGUGGAGCAGACCUGGGUGUUGACGAUGGUGUGUGUGAUGGUGGAGGAGGUGGAGCAGACCUGGGUGUUGACGAUGGAGUGUGUGAUGGUGGAGAAGGUGGAGGAGGUGGAGCAGACCUGGGUGUUGACGAUGGAGUGUGUGAUGGUGGAGGAGGUGGAGCAGACCUGGGUGUUGACGAUGGAGUGUGUGAUGGUGGAGGAGGUGGAGGAGGUGGAGCAGACCUGGGUGUUGACGAUGGAGUGUGUGAUGGAGGAGGAGGUGGAGCAGACCUGGGUGUUGACGAUGGAGUGUGUGAUGGAGGAGGUGGAGCAGACCUGGGUGUUGACGAUGGAGUGUGUGAUGGAGGAGGUGGAGCAGACCUGGGUGUUGACGAUGGAGUGUGUGAUGGUGGAGGAGGUGGAGCAGACCUGGGUGUUGACGAUGGAGUGUGUGAUGGAGGAGGAGGUGGAGCAGACCUGGGUGUUGACGAUGGAGUGUGUGAUGGAGGAGGAGGUGGAGCAGACCUGGGUGUUGACGAUGGAGUGUGUGAUGGAGGAGGAGGCGGAGCAGACCUGGGUGUUGACGAUGGAGUGUGUGAUGGUGGAGGUGGAGCAGACCUGGGUGUUGACGAUGGAGUGUGUGAUGGAGGAGGAGGCGGAGCAGACCUGGGUGUUGACGAUGGUGUGUGUGAUGGUGGAGGAGGUGGAGCAGACCUGGGUGUUGACGAUGGUGGAGGAGGUGGAGCAGACCUGGGUGUUGACGAUGGAGUGUGUGAUGGAGGAGGAGGUGGAGCAGACCUGGGUGUUGACGAUGGAGUGUGUGAUGGUGGAGAAGGUGGAGGAGGUGGAGCAGACCUGGGUGUUGACGAUGGAGUGUGUGAUGGAGGAGGUGGAGCAGACCUGGGUGUUGACGAUGGAGUGUGUGAUGGUGGAGAAGGUGGAGGAGGUGGAGCAGACCUGGGUGUUGACGAUGGAGUGUGUGAUGGAGGAGGUGGAGCAGACCUGGGUGUUGACGAUGGUGGAGGAGGUGGAGCAGACCUGGGUGUUGACGAUGGUGGAGGAGACACCAUCAACGACUGCAGACACCAUCAACGACUGCAGACACCAUCAACGACUGCAGACACCAUCGCCCUCUGCAGACACCAUCAACGACUGCAGACACCAUCAACGACUGCAAACACCAUCGCCCUCUGCAGACACCAUCAACGACUGCAGACACCAUCGCCCUCUGCAGACACAAACGACUGCAGACACCAUCGCCCUCUGCAGACACAAACGACUGCAGACACCAUCGCCCUCUGUGACCAUGGAGUGCAGACACCAUCGGCCUCUGCAGACACCAUCACCCUCUACACCAUCGGCCUCUGCAGACACCAUCGCCCUCUGUGCCCAUGGACUGCAGACACCAUCGGCCUCUGCAGACACCAUCGCCCUCUGUGCCCAUGGACUGCAGACACCAUCGGCCUCUGCAGACACCAUCGCCCUCUGUGACCAUGGACUGCAGACACCAUCGGCCUCUGCAGACACCAUCGCCCUCUGUGACCAUGGACUGCAGACACCAUCGGCCUCUGCAGACACCAUCGCCCUCUGUGACCAUGGACUGCAGACACCAUCGGCCUCUGCAGACACCAUCGCCCUCUGUGACCAUGGACUGCAGACACCAUCGGCCUCUGCAGACACCAUCGCCCUCUGUGACCAUGGACUGCAGACACCAUCGGCCUCUGCAGACACCAUCGCCCUCUGUGACCAUGGACUGCAGACACCAUCACCUUCUGGGACCAUGGACUGCAGACACCAUCACCUUCUGGGACCAUGGACUGCAGACACCAUCGGCCUCUGCAGACACCAUCGGCCUCUGCAGACACCAUCACCCUCUGUGACCAUGGACUGCAGACACCAUCGGCCUCUGCAGACACCAUCACCCUCUGUGACCAUGGACUGCAGACACCAUCGGCCUCUGCAGACACCAUCACCUUCUGUGACCAUGGACUGCAGACACCAUCACCUUCUGGGACCAUGGACUGCAGACACCAUCGGCCUCUGCAGACACCAUCGGCCUCUGCAGACACCAUCACCCUCUGUGACCAUGGACUGCAGACACCAUCGGCCUCUGCAGACACCAUCACCCUCUGUGACCAUGGACUGCAGACACCAUCGGCCUCUGCAGACACCAUCACCUUCUGUGACCAUGGACUGCAGACACCAUCACCUUCUGGGACCAUGGACUGCAGACACCAUCGGCCUCUGCAGACACCAUCGGCCUCUGCAGACACCAUCACCCUCUGUGACCAUGGACUGCAGACACCAUCGGCCUCUGUGA